AGAGGCACGGCCGCGGCACUCACGGCUAUUCGGAUGGCGGCUCGUACGACGGGGAGUGGGCGAAGGGCAAGAAACACGGUCGGGGCAACUACAGCUAUGCGGACGGCAGCUCGUACGUCGGGGAGUUUGCGAGAGGCAAGAGGCACGGCCGUGGCAAGUACGGCUACACGGACGGCUGCUCGUACGAUGGGGAGUUCGAGGACGGCAACAGACACGGUCGGGGCAAGUACAGCUACCCGGAUGGCGGCUCGUACGAAGGGGAGUUCGUGGGGGGCAAGCGGCAUGGCCAGGGCACGUUCAGCUAUCCGGACGGCCGCUCUUACGUCGGGGAGUGGGCGGAGGACGAGAAGCACGGCCGGGGCACGGACAGGGAAAGGGUGGAGACCGUGAAGCACGGCCAGGGCGCCGGCGGCCGCGGCGUCUCGUACAUGGGGGAGUUUGCGAAGGGCAAGCGGCACGGCCGGGGCACGUUCCGCUCCCCGGACGGCGCCUCGUACGACGGGGAGUGGAGGGAGGACAAGAAGCACGGCCAGGGCACGGACAGCUACCCGAGCGGCGCCUCGUACGGCGGGCAGUGGUCGGAGGGCAAGCGCCACGGCCGGGGCACGUACAGCUACCCCGACGGCACGUCCUACGACGGGGAGUGGGCAGAGGACGUGAAGCACGGCCAGGGCAUACUGAGCUUUCUGGACGGCGCCUCGUACGAUGGGGAGUUUGCCGGGGGCAAGCAGCACGGCGAGGGGACGUACACCUACCCGGGCGCCUGUGGGUCGUACGACGGGGAGUGGCGGGGGGGCAAGAGGCACGGCCAGGGCACGCUGAGUUUUCUGGUGCCCGGCGAUUUCGAGCGCGGCGCCGCCGACGGCGGCUCGUACGACGGAGAGUGGGCGGAGGACCUGAAGCACGGCCGCGGCGCAUUCAGCUACCCGGACGGCGGCUCGUACGACGGGGAGUGGGCGGAGGACAAAAGGCACGGUCGGGGCACUUUCACCAACCCGGACGGCGGCUGCUACGAGGGGGAGUGGGCAGAGGACAUGCAGCACGGCCGUGGCACCCUGAGCCUCCCAGACGGCAGCGCGUACGAGGGAGCGUGGGCGGAGGACGCGAAGCACGGCCAGGGCACGCUGAGCCUCUCGGACGGCACUCGUUACGAGGGGCAGUGGGCGGAUGGCCGGAUGCACGGCCAGGGCUCGUGCAGCUACCCGGACGGCGGCUCGUACGCGGGGCAGUGGGCGGACCACCAGAAGCACGGCCAAGGCGCCUUCAUCUUUCCGAGCGGCGCCUCGUACGACGGGCAGUGGAGGUGGGGCAAGCGGCAUGGCCGGGGCACGCACACCUUCAUGGACGGCGGCUCGUACGAGGGGCAGUUCGCGGACGACAGGCAGCACGGCCGGGGCACGCGUUUCCUCGCGAACGGCAGCCGCGCGCCGUGCGCGUACGAGCACGGCGAGCUCCGGUCGGCCCCGCUGCUGGGCUCCUGCGCCCCCUGCGUCCUCGCCUGAGCGGCGGUCUCGCGCUGAGGAGCUGCCUUGCCGCCGCCCGCUUCCACAUCCGUCUGAAGCGACCGUGCGAGUGCUUCGGGGCUCAGGCGCAUUACUGCGCGCUUGCCAGGGUGGAAGUGGGCGAGCAAUGACCUGGAAUAUGUACGUGUUUGAUCGAGAGGAUGGACAAGCUGCUGGGCAACACUGCGGAGGAACCGCGCUUUCUCGGGCGCGCGAUCUUGACGGACUUCGCGAAGCUCACGAACACGUGCGGCGAGCAGCUCUGGGGCGCCUUGGUCGCGAGCAACAGCAUCGCGGCCGAUCUGGACAGCGUCGAGCAGAGCAGCAAUAUCUUGAUUCACUGAUGGACUGCCACCAAUGGCGCUGGCACAUCGAGAACAACAAGAAGCAGGCGCCGACCUGAUCGGCAUGAGCGCCGAUGUUCGAUCAAGUAUUGCCAUUCUACAUUUCGUCCUCGCCCGACUCUGAUAUACUCGCCCUCGUUCUAUCUGCCCCGAUUUCCCUCUCGCACCCCGCCGCCCCGUGUCGGCAGGGCAUAGGGGCGGCCAGUAGCUCUGGCGACCGAUGCGGGCUAAAUGAUGUCAGUGUGCGGCCCAAUGGACCUGCGGGGAUGGACGGGGCCAUUCCCAGCAGCGCAGCAGCGACAGGAGCCUCUCGACGGAGGGGGCCUGCAGUGUGUGUGUGUGUGUGUGUGUGGUGGG